GCUUUGCCUUCACACCUUCGUCGCAAUAGCUGGCCUCCCCCGAAGGAGUGCCUAUGGCCAAGAGCUUGCCUCUCAUCCGCGAAUGGCGCUCCUGAUCUGCUUCCCUGGCUCCUGCCCGCCCAGUCUUUCCGCCAUGGCUCUGUGGUGUCUGCUGUUGUGUUUGCCGAGCCUGCAGAGGAGAUGUUGUGGUGCUGGUGAUGGCCGGCGUGCGAAGACUGCUAUCGCACUGAUUGCUCUCGCUGGCAUGGACUAUGCUUGCCGACAUCUUCUUCUCUGCAAUUGCUUUGUCCAUGUUGACACUGUGCGGUGCGUCCUAGCAUUGCCGUGGUCGCGGUUGGGUGUCGGCGAAAUACCUACGUGAGGACGUCCAUACAUCAGCUUCGAGUCUCGCAACCGCCCAGAAUACCGGUCCGGAAUAUCUUGUUGCCCGGGCCUGCUGUAGCCCGAGGGUCUCGCACUGGAUGCAGCAUGUAUAAGGAGUUUGAGGCGCUGCUCUGUCAUCCAAUACCACAAACUGGUCUCGUAGUAUAGCGGUUUAUUACGUUCAACCCCCGGUACGACCCCCUAUACAGUGGAGAAAUCCUUCUAUAGUGGCCUAGCCCAUGGAAACAUGGAGCCGAAGAUUGAAAGAACUGCGUUCAACUCGCAGCGGGACCAAAUCUUUUGGCAUUUGUGCGGCUUUUUGAUCGGGUUGUGGCAACGUCAAUCACUUUUGCUCUCGGAGCCUAUUCGCUAUAAAAG